AGACGACAAACAAAUGCGCGGCUGCGUAGCCGAGUGGUAAAGCGUUCCUGCGGCUUUCGCGGUUUUGUGAGAUGACCAACCUUUCUUAUACCUUGUGUAUCAUAUCGAUGAAUUCUAAUUGUACAUAAAACCAAAUAUGAGUCAUACGUCUUGCUUUUACUUGUUUCGUAAGUUCGGAACCGCUACAUUGUCUCGGUGUCUCUCAACCAAGCCUCAAGGGGAGCCUCGUAAAUGGGAAAGUGUAGUUGGCCUCGAAGUUCACGUCCAGAUUGCCUCGGACACCAAACUUUUUUCAUCUUCACCAUACAGUUUCGGUUGGGCACCGAAUAGUCAAGUGUCAGCAUUCGACGCUUCGACCCCUGGAACCUUACCCGUGCUAAACAAGCGCUGUGUCGAAGCUGCUGUGCUGACUGCUUUGGCGCUGAAUAGCACCAUUCACAGGGUUUCCUGUUUCGAUAGGAAGCAUUACUUCUAUGCCGAUAUGCCGGCAGGUUACCAAAUAACCCAGCAGCGCCGACCACUGGCUACCGGGGGGUACCUGAACUUCCCGGUGUUCAUACCCGGAAGCCAAGAGACAUACUAUCGACGUGCACCUCUGAAGCAGCUGCAACUGGAACAGGACAGUGGAAAGAGCUUGCAUGACAGUGGCCGAGGUCUCAUUGACCUCAACAGGGCUGGAGUCGGACUCAUGGAGCUGGUCUUUGAUCCAUGCUUGAGAGACGGAGAAGAGGCAGCUUCAUUGACAAAGGAGCUGCUGUUGCUCUUGCGUGCCAUAGGAGCAUGCACAGGGAAAAUGGAAGAGGGAGCCUUACGAGUGGAUGCCAAUGUGUCUGUCAACAGGCCGGGCGAGCCCCUGGGAGUCCGUACAGAAGUCAAAAACCUCAACAGCGUCCGAGCCGUCGCGUCAGCUGUUGAGUACGAAAUUGGGAGACAGGUACAAGAGUUGUCUCAAGGUAGACCCAUCCAGAACUGGACCAUGGCCUUUGACUCAGAUACACGGAGGACCAUCCCAAUGAGGGACAAGGAGGUGGUGCAGGACUAUAGGUUUAUGCCCGAGCCAAACCUACCCCCGCUGGUGUUGGAUGGUGAGGAAGUGAGGAAGUUGCCAACGUUGCCUUCGGAACAUCGUCAGCGGCUCGUAGAUGAGUACUGCCUUCCAUUGCAUCAGGCACAGACCAUUGUGAGUGAAGACAGUCUGUUGCUGUUCUUUGAGGAGGUCAUGAAACAAGGUCAGCAGGAUGCAAGGCGUGUAGCCCACUGGCUGCUCUCGGAGCUUGUGGGGCGUACGCCCGAGGGGAUCUUGGACUGCUACGUGGACAGUGCAAGGUUUGGUCAGCUUCUCACACUAUUGGGCCGAGGAACGAUUUCUCAUGGAACUGCUCAAAAUGUCCUCCAGUUGAUGGUGGAAGGAGACCCUAGAACACCUGCAGUUAUUGUUGACCACAUGUCGUGGCAGCAGAUAGAGGAACAAGAGCAAUUAAAAGGGCUCUGUCUCAGAGCAAUGGAACAACAUCCAGAUUCUGUGAAGAAGGCACGAGCAGGAAAGAAGAGGGCCUUAAACCCGCUGAUGGCUGCCGUCCGAGUCCUAUCCGAGAAUCGUGCGGAUAUGGCUGCUGCAAAAGCUAUUAUGCUCAAGUUAAUAGAAGAGACGUAAUAAAUGUUAGAAAAUUGUUAAA